AUGGCAGAUACAAUGGAAUUAACAGAAUCCCAUCUUAAUGGGGCACUGCCGAUCAAACGAGCGAGGACAGAGCUAGCCACUACCGAAUCAGAAUCGCAAUCACAGCUACGCCGCCGCAAGGAAGCCAAUAAAGCAUAUGGUCGAGGAGGAAAGAUUCCCAUACACUCGAUCAAGGAUAAAAAGCUACGAGGAAAUCUCAAAAAGCUCGAGGCCCGGAACAAAACCGCAAUACUUAGAGCAAAGGAUGCCGAGAUCCUGCUCGAAAACGAAGAUGGAUUUUUAGAACCGGAAAAUGAUUUGGAACGAACAUACAAGGUCCGACAAGAUGAAAUCAAACAGAGCGUACCUCUCGAGACAGCCAAAAAAGGCUUUGAACUUAAGUUGGAUCAGUUAGGUCCCUAUGUAUGUGACUACACAAGGAAUGGCAAGGACCUUCUAUUGGCUGGCAGAAAAGGCCAUGUCGCGACAAUGGAUUGGAGAGAGGGAAAAUUGGGAUGUGAAUUACAACUGGGAGAAACUAUCAGAGACGCGAAAUGGCUGCAUAACAACCAGCUAUUUGCCGUUGCGCAAAAGAAAUAUGUUUAUAUAUAUGAUGGAGCAGGAGUAGAAGUGCACUGUUUGAAGAAACAUAUCGAGGUUACGAAUAUGGAAUUUCUUCCUUACCACUACCUUUUAGCUACUGUGGGCAAUGCGGGACACUUAAAAUACCAAGACGUCUCAACUGGUCAAAUGGUAAUGGAGAUGCCCACGAAGUUGGGUUCGCCCACUUCCCUCGCACAAAACCCUCGAAAUGCGAUUCUUCACAUGGGUCAUCAAAAUGGAACAGUCACAUUAUGGUCACCCAAUUCCACUACGCCACUAGUCAAGCUAUUGGCGCAUCGUGGUCCAGUACGAUCAUUGGCUGUUGACAGAGAGGGUAGAUACAUGGUUUCUACUGGGCAAGACAUGAAGAUGUCUGUCUGGGAUGUUAGAAUGUUCAAGGAGGUCUCAAUUUGGAAAGGCCUUUUUUCCAAAAGCUCUUUAGAACAAGAGAAGAUACAAAGCCCGUACAUGGCAUGGGGUUGCGAAGGAAAGCGAAUUGAGCGUGUUCGCUGGUGUCCAUUUGAGGAUGUGUUAGGAACUUCCCAUGAUUCCGGGUUCUCGUCUAUAUUGGUGCCAGGUGCUGGUGAGGCCAACUUUGAUGCUUUGGAAGUCAAUCCAUUUGAAACCACCAAGCAACGACAAGAAGCUGAAGUGAAGUCGUUACUCAACAAGCUGCAGCCCGAGAUGAUCUCACUAGACCCUAACUAUAUUGGUAAUUUGGAUCUGAGAUCGGAUGAGCAGAGGAAGGCUGAGAAAGACCUGGACAAAAAGCCAGAAGAUCCAAUGGCUAAAAUCAAGAAUAGGGGUAGAGGAAAGAACAGUAGCUUGAGGAAGUAUCUAAGAAAGAAGAGCUCCAGGGGUAUAAUCGAUGAGCAGAGGGAUAGGAUCGAAGAGCUGAGAAAGAGUCAGAUGCAAAGGGAGAAGAACAGGUUAAAAACUACUGAGGAGGAACUUGGGCCAGCUCUUGGUCGUUUCGCAAAAAAAAGUGCUUAG